AUGAAAUCAAUUUUCAGUAACAUUUACCACCCCAAAGACAUGUGUUUUUGGGAAGAUUUUACAGACUUGCACAAACCUGAAACUUCCACUGUUUUUUUUCAAGGGAGCCUUCUAGAACUGUCAACUUCAAAUGUCUUGAAGGAAAAGUUUUUCUAUUUGAACAAAAACUCAAUUUUACGCUCCAAGAACGUUUCUUCUAGAAUUACAAAAAUUUCAAGCUUAAAGUGAAAAAUAAUAGAGCCAUUUAUUGAAGAGGAUAAAGCCGGAAUAAAAUAUGGAUUCCGAUUAAGCCAGGGUAUUUAUUGCCAAUACUUUUACACUAAAACGUCUGAAGAGCUAGAUGAAUGGUUGGCUUAUUUAUCCAGGAUUGGGAUAAUGACUGACAUAAAGCAUGACUACGAUCUAAAAUCGUUAUACAUCUUUGCUUUAAGUAGUGCGAUUAGAAGUACUUUUUGAGCAGACCAAUACGUUUCUGGCCAGAGAAAUUUCAGUUUUUACUUUUCUCAGGGAAAACAGAAAGAUAAAAAUAGGAUGAUUGCUGCUACUAAGAUAAAUUUUCUAAUACAUGUUGAUGUUGAAUACGUUUAAGAAGCAUUAAAAAAUAGCUUAUUGGUGCGAGAGAAAAUUCAGGUUGAAAAUAUUCAAUGUGCUGAAGGGUAUAAAGGCUACCAUUGUCAUGGAUCCAAAUGCCUGGGAUAAAAACACCUGAAUUUAAAAAAUAUCUGGGAAGAGGUAGAACUUGGGUUUCUCACAGACAUUUUUUAUGCCAAAUUUUUUGGCUAGUCAAAAUCGAUUUGGCAAGGCGAUUCUGACCUGUAAGUAAAAUAAAAAAAUGAAAAAGAUAAAAUAAGAAAUGAAGAAAAGGUUUUAAUUUUUCCUGAGUUUAUAAAUUAUGGUGAUAUCAGUCAUAAACUUAUUUAAUAAUAAAUUCAAUUUUAUAUUGAUAUAAAUAGCCUCAAAAAUAAAUAAUGACAUCAGAGAAAGUAUUUAAAUAUCUCCAAAAAGAUGACCUUCGCAUCUGUCCAAACGAUGAUAUUGUGUCCCUUUAUGAUGAAUAUAAAGAAGGAAUCGGGCUUUAUCACAAAACCUUUAAGGAAGAUGAUGGGACAUUUUCAUAGAAAUAGCCUAAUACUGCCAAGCUAAAGAGAUAUUUAUUUCAAAGAAUAUUAUCGAUUCUAUAUCUGGCAGAAAGAAUUUUUAACAAAUUGCAAAGAAAGAAUUUAAUAUCCUGCAUGCCUCAAAUUUUACCCUUUAAAAGACUUUAUAGGAAAGGAAUGAAAGGAAUCUUCAAAAGAUAUUCAUGUUUAGAAGCUCAAAGAAGAAAUUGUUAAAAAUUUUUUAAUCAAAAAACGCAAGGCAUGUGAUUUGCCAUUCGAUAAAGAAGUGCUGCCAUUUAUAAAUGAAUUUUGUGGAGUUUUAUUGCAUAAUAUAUGCUCGACAAAAGCAGGAGAGGAUAAAUUAUGUAAGAAUUCUUUAUGAAAUAAGGGAAAAAAAUAAUAAUUUUAAGUUUUUUUAUUUUAUAAGAGUUUUGCAUUAUCUUAAGGUAUGAAGGAAAAUAUAUUUUUUAGCUGUUUUUUGCUUUUAUCAAGAAUUUCUUUACUUCUUCUUCUUCUUCCAUGAUUUAUACAAAAGCAUCCGACCCCUUGCAUUCAAAAUGCUUUGACUAAUAAAUAAUGCUUUAUAGACUAGAAUAUCUCCUUGAGAUUUAACUUACUCCCCCUCCGUGAGUGAACAAAACCAAUAGAAAAAUCCUUAUUUUUUGCCCAAAAACCCACCCUCCGUGAGUGAACAAAAAUUUUUUUAAUAGAAAAAUUUUUUAAUGGAAAAAAAAAUUUGAUAUAUAAGUUAUAAUUAGUAUAAUGAAAUCUUGAGCUAAAUCUGUUUAAUUUUUAAACAAAUUGCGUUUUAAACAUAAAUUUUAUAAAUUAAAAUAAAUUUGCUUCCCAAUUUUUGCGAAUUAGGAUUUUUUUUAAAUUUCGCAAAAAAAAUAUUUUUAUAAAAAUUUAUAUAUAAUGUUUUUUAAAAAAAAAAAAUUGACGCCCCUCCGUGAGUGAACAAAAUUUUUUUGUUCACUCUCGGAGGAGGGGAGUUAGAAAAAAAGAUUCUGUAUUCUAUAUUUCUAAUUGCAAGUCAAAUCUCUUUGCUAGAAGCUAUUUUUAAUUAAUAAGGGGGCAAAAAGUAAGUAGCUAAAUAAUGAAGGUUAUUGAAGGUCUCCAGUCAAUUUUUCUAACAGAUGCUUAUUACGAAAAUAAGAUAUUUAAAUUAAAUCUCUCACUAGAAGAAUUAUGAAAUUCAAAUUUGCUUGGAAAAUUAAUUAAUGAACCUUCAGAAGACUUCCAAGAAUGGCUAUUGAGCUUAGAACUUACCCAUACCAUGCAAAUUCCAGAUAAUUUAGCAGGCAUCAAAAGCUACCCUAUAAUGAGGAAGUUUUAUUAUAGAAAAUCUACCAGACUGAUUAAAAUGAGAUUCAGAACAAAAUUGUUUAAAGCUUCUAAGUAGCUCAAUAAGUGGUCUCAAUUUUCCAAAACUACUCAAUAUGAAAGCAAAUGAUCAGACUCAGUUAAUAAAUGAAAUAUUAUCAUUAUCAAAGUCUCAUAAUUCUAGAAUAAUUUGGUGAAGAAUACUAAGAGACAGGAACUCAAGUAAAAUAUUUAAUUCUUUUAUUAAAAAUUUAUCUAUCUUUCUAUAUUCUAUUAAUUUAUGUGACAGAGGAGAUUCUAUACCUAUUUUUUGCCAAUUUAUUUUUUCGAGUAAAGAUCGAAGGUCCAUUUAAAAUUAGUUUAAAGAAAAAUUUUGCAUAUGAUAAAUGCUGUAGUUGUGUUGGUAGUCAGAAGUAAUCAGUACAAUUAAAAGCAUAAACGAUGUCAUCACUUUCCAUUUCUGAUAAGAUUAUUAUAAAUUAAAAUGAUGUCAGAAUUGGUCAUUAUUAGUAUCUUUUUCAUUUUUUUAUUUUACUUACAGGUCAGAAUCGCCUUGCCAAAUCGAUUUUGACUAGCCAAAAAAUUUGGCAUAAAAAUGCCUGUGAGAAACCCAAGUUCUACCUCUUCCCAGAUGUUUUUAAAUUUCAGGUGUUUUUAUCCCAGGCAUUUGGAUCCAUGACAAUGGUAGCCUUUAUACCCUUCAGCACAUUGAAUAUUUUCAACCUGAAUUUUCUCUCGCACCAAUAAGCUAUUUUUAAUGCUUCUUAAACGUAUUCAACAUCAACAUGUAUUAGAAAAUUUAUCUUAGUAGCAGCAAUCAUCCUAUUUUUAUCUUUCUGUUUUCCCUGAGAAAAGUAAAAACUGAAAUUUCUCUGGCCAGAAACGUAUUGGUCUGCUCAAAAAGUACUUCUAAUCGCACUACUUAAUAUAAAGAUGCAUAAUAGGCUCAGGUAGCUUUGCGAACGUAUAUUUGGCUGAAGAUUAUGAAGAUUCAAGGACAUAUGCAAUUAAAUCCAUUCCUAAAAAGCUCCUUCUCUCUAAAAAUAAUUUUCAAGCCUUGUGCAACGAGAUCGAAAUUUUGAGAAUGAUUGAUCACCCUGGCAUAGUAAAGCUUCACAAAGUCUAUGAAGGACAAAAUCAUAUAUAUUUAGUGCUAGAUUAUGUGCCCGGUGGAAAUAUGCUUCAAAGAUUGCUCAAGCACGGACCUCUAACAGAAGAAAAAGCUGCAAAAUUUGCAUCUAAACUUUUAGGCAUCCUAGACUAUUUGAAAUUGAUGAAUGUAGUUCAUAGAGACUUGAAGCUUGAAAACAUUUUAUUGAACUCAGAGUCAAGCGAAACAGACUUUAAGCUCAUAGAUUUUGGACUUGCCUGCUUUGCAGAUAAAGAGUUGACACAAAAUUGUGGUUCACCAGGGUAUGUUGCGCCUGAAAUUCUAACUCCACCCCUCCGUUAGCGAACAAAAAAAUUUUGCUUGCUUACGGAGGGGGUUAUUUUUUUUAAAAAAAUGAUAUAAAAAAUUUUAUUGACAAUUUUUUUUCGAAUAUAUUUAAAAAUUCAGUUUGCUUAAAAUUAAACAGAAUUAGCUAGAGAUUUCAUUAUAUUAAUUAUCAUUUAUAUAUAUAUCAAAAUUUUUUCCAUAAAAAAUUUUUCUAUUAAAAACAUUUUUGUUGGGCUCAUGGAGGGGAGAGUAAGGAAGAUGCCAUAUGGCGCAAAGGUUGACGUGUUUAGCACUGGGGUAGUUUUAUAUAUGGUGCUAUCAGGCCGCGCUCCAUUUUCAGGGAAGACUCCAAGAGAAACACUUCUAAAAAAUCGCGAUGGUAUAAUUCAAUUUCAGGAGCAGUAUUGGCGUGGAAUUUCAAGAGAAGCAAUUAGCUUGGUUUUAGCUCUCACAAAGUGUCAGCCAUCUCUUCGACCAAAUCCGAGAGAUGCGCUACAAAAUAAAUGACUUAAUAUUUAUACCAAAAGGCAGCCCAUAAUGACGCUCAGAUCACCAAUUAUUUCUUCUAGAAACAAUGAAAAAUUCACAUAUUUAGACCUACCAAACUUAGAGAACCCAAGAAGAGGAAGACUUUCAGUAGUUAGCCUUGAAAAUCAAGAGUUCUGUAAAGGAGAGUCCAGAAGAGGAAGCCUUUUUCCUGAUAUUUCAUCUAUGUCAAAAACAUCAAAAUUAUUAUGAAAGCAAGAAAUAAAAGAUUUUGUAUAA